AUUUGGACCAGUAUAAAAAAGCAUUGAUGGAUGCAGGUUGUAAUCUUGCUCCUCUGAGCUACAUAAAACAAUGGAAGGCUUUCACUAAGAUGGCUUCAGCUCCAACCAGCUAUGGAAACACUACGCCUAAACCUUUGGGUCUAUUUUCACGUGUUAUGAAUACAGGAUCACAGUUUGUAAUGGAAGGAGUGAAGAACUUAGUACUUAAGCAACAAAACCUGCCAGUCACACGUAUACUGGACAGCCUUAUGGAGAUGAAGUCAAACCCUGAGACAGAUGACUACCGGUAUUUUGACCCCAAGAUGCUACGAGGCAGUGACAGCUCAGUUCCAAGAAACAAAAACCCAUUCCAGGAGGCAAUAGUGUUUGUAGUUGGAGGAGGCAACUAUAUCGAAUAUCAAAAUCUUAUUGACUACAUAAAGGGUAAACAAGGCAAACACAUCCUGUAUGGCUGCAGUGAACUUUUUAAUGCUACACAGUUUAUAAAACAGCUGUCCCAACUCGGCCAGAAAUAAAACUGAAACACCAUGACCUGGAUGGCAACGUGACAACGAAGAAUUGUUACAACAUUCAAAUAUCUUCAUAUCUAUAAUUUUGUCAUUAUAUUAAAACUUUCAUUAAUAUGAUAACUUUUUAAAAAAAUCUGUAAUUAAUACAGUGUAUAUCAUUUCAGAAAUAAACCUUAAAACCU